CAUAAAAAGUAUUUAUCCAAAUAAUAUUGUUGAAUUUAUUGUGUCUGAAACAUUUGAGGAGUCAAGCGAACAAAGCUAAAUUAGUGAAAGAUUGUUGCGAACGGGAGGAGGUUGCAUCAAGUUGGCAGCAUUGUCGAAUGCUGAGCUACGAAGUAGUGUGCAAAAGCAAAGCGAAGAGAACGCAGCGCAGCCGAAAAAAAUUUUUGGAAGCAGUAAAGCAGCGCACUGCACGCGAUAUAUUUUUUAUUUUCAAAAGAUUGAAGCUAAUAUUAAACAAUUUAGCGGAUCAACGUGCCGGGCAGCCGAACUGCGAGAGUUGAGCAUACGUAUGUGUGUGUGGGUGCAACAGCAAGCAUAACCACCGCAAAAGUGCUACAACAACAACAACACCAACAAAAACAAAAAGAGCAACAAAGCAAAAGACUGAUAAAGCAACUGCAGGGAAUAUAACAAAGAUUUGAAGCAACAACGUUAAACUUUGUCGUUGUGUAGAGGCUAACAUACGAAAUACGUCGGCUUGAGUGUGGCGAUUGGCGGGAGCGAGUGCUGUAGUAUCAAUUACAACUCCAACGACUACUACAACUAGAGCUGCACACAAGAGCUGGAGACCGGCGAUCACAGGGUUAACAAAAUGGACGAUCUUAUGGUCGAAGUACGACUCGAUAAUGGUGCCUAUUACAAGGGCCAGGUGACAGCUGUCGGCGAUGAUGGCAUCUUUGUGGAUGUGGACGGCGUGCCUGAGGUGCUGAAAUACGCAUUCGUCAAUGUUCGCCUGCCGCCCGAUGAGGCUGUUGUGGCGCCGAGCUUCGAGGAGGGCAUGGAGGUUGAGGUAUUCACGCGCACAAACGAACGCGAAACGUGCGGCUGGUGGGUGGCUGUCAUCAAAAUGCUUAAAGCUGAUAUCUGUGCGGUCGCGUACAUUGGCUUCGAGACGCCCUAUACCGAAAUCUGUGAAUUGGGCAGGUUGCGCGCCAAAAAUCCAAAUCCGCCAAUUACGCCAAAAUCGUUCUAUCAGUUCACGCUGCCCGUGCCCGAGGAACUGCGCGAAGAAGCUCAAAAGGAUGGCAUACACAAGGAGUUUCAGCGCACCAUCGAUGCGGGCGUUUGCAACUAUAAUCGCGAAUUAGAUGCCCUGAUUGUCAUCUCCAAAUGGGAACACACUCAGAAGCGCGCCAGCAUGCUCAAGGAUAUGCAUUUUCGUAAUCUCUCACAAAAGGUUAUGCUACUGAAAAGGACUGAAGAAGCUGCGCGUCAGCUCGAAACGACCAAGCUGAUGAGUCGUGGAAACUUUAUCGAGGAAUUUCGUGUACGCGAAGAUCUCAUGGGCCUGGCAAUUGGCUCACAUGGCUCCAAUAUACAAGCGGCACGCACGCUGGUCGGCGUUACGAAUAUUGAGCUGGAGGAAAAAUCGUGCACAUUCAAGAUAAGCGGCGAGACAGAGGAGUCGGUGCAGCGGGCACGAGCCAUGCUCGAAUAUGCCGAGGAGUUCUUUCAAGUGCCCAGAGAGCUGGUUGGCAAGGUGAUUGGAAAGAACGGCCGCAUCAUACAGGAGAUUGUAGAUAAGAGCGGAGUGUUUCGAAUCAAGGUGAGUGCUAUCGCUGGCGAUGACGAACAGGAUCAAAAUAUACCACGCGAGCCAGCGCACGUACCCUUUGUGUUCAUUGGCACCAUGGAGAGCAUUGCGAAUGCUAAAGUGCUGCUGGAGUAUCAUCUGUCACAUCUGAAGGAAGUGGAGCAACUACGCCAGGAGAAGCUGGAAAUCGAUCAACAGCUGCGCGCCAUUCAAGAGUCCUCGAUGGGCUCCACACAGAGCUUCGCGGUGUCGCGGCGCUCAGAGCGCGGCUACAGCAGCGACAUUGAAUCUGUGCGCUCGAUACGUGGCGGCGGCGGCGGCGGUGGUCAGCGCGGCGGUGGUCGCGUUCGCGGCCGUGGCGGCGGUGGCAAUAACAUGAACCAGCGCUAUCACAAUCGGCGCGAGGACGAUGACUACAACUCCCGCGGCGACCAUCAGCGCGAUCAGCGCUACAAUGAUCGCAACAGCGGCGGGCCACCAAAUGCUGGCAAUAACGGUGGUGCUGGUGGCGGUGGAGGCGGCAGUGGUGGUAUCCAAAACUAUCGCGGCGGCAACGACCGUCGCGGUAUCAAUCGCCGGCCGCCACGCAACGAGCAAAAUGGCAGGGACUAUCAGUACCAUAAUCACACCGACGAGAUGCGAGAGACACGCGAAGUGAGCAGCGUGGAGCGUGCGGACAGCAACUCAUCGUACGAGGGCAGCUCCAGAAGACGCAGAAGGCAAAAGAACAACAAUGCGCCCGGCAACAGUGAGUAUGCAAAUGGCGCGGUGGGAAAUAAUAACAACAAAUCACAGCAGCCACCGUCAUCCUCGUCGUCGACGUCAGCACAGCAACAGCACCAGGCGCCAGCACAAUCGAACAAAGCGCCGCUGAAUACACCGGAGAACAGCAAACAGAGCAGUGGCAAUGCGAACGCCUCGUCUGGCAAGUCGAAGGAUGCGCCGCGGAAUAGCGAUAAGCAGCAGGCGGCCACACAACAGCAGCAGCAACAGUUGCUGCCGCAGCAACAACAGCAACCACCGCAGCUUGCACAACAGCAACAGCAGCAGCCACAGGGGCCGCAGCACCAGCAGUCAAAGCCCAGGCGCAACAACAAGAAUCGCAAUAACCAUGCGGAUCAGGCGGUUAACUCGGAUGUCAUCAAGAAGGAAGGCUUGGUCAAUGGUACGUCCUAAUUAGCGGCAGCAGCAGCACCAGCAACAACAACAACACGGCAACAACAACAACAACCAAACAAAAUGCAAAUCUUUCGUUCAACAUGUUGUAUAUGCGCAUCAGGCAAGAGACAAACACACAGACAACAUGCAGGCAGAUAAUUAAAUUUGAAUGUUCAUGUCGUUUACACAACAAAACAUACACCCACACACACAACAUAACGAAACAACCAACAACCAGAACAACGUGUAGAGUAGGCAUAAAUAACAAAAUGUUUGAGAAACUAUUUCGAGUAACUACAAAAUAAACAACAAACAUAUAAUUAUACAUGAAUAAUGUACCACAUACAAAUACACACACAUAUAUAUACUAAUACGUCAUACACAACAAUACAUACAUACACACACAAACUUACAGACAGCUCGAAUUAUACACAAAAAGAAGAGGAAUGCAAAAUACAACCAUGCCUAGGCUUAUAAUUUUAAUUGAAAUUAAAUAAAAACAAUCAAAAACAAAAAGGAAA